AUGGCCAACAAUGAUGAUGGCGACGUCACAGUUGAUGCGUCGACGGCGACACCCUCGACCAAACAGCUGAGAGAGACCGACGACCUCCAAUAUGUCCAAUACGAACCCUCGAAAGAAGAGCAAUACCUCCCCGCCAUCCGCCAACUAAUCUCCAAAGACCUCUCCGAGCCAUACAGUAUCUAUGUAUACCGGUACUUCUUAUACCAAUGGGGUGAUUUAUGCUACAUGGCCCUCUCCCCAACAUCCACCCUCAUCGGCGUCAUAACCUGCAAACUCGAACCCCACCGCAGCGGCACCUACCGCGGCUACAUCGCCAUGCUCGCCACGCAAGAAGAGUACCGCGGCCGCGGCAUAGCCACGCAACUCGUUCGCCUUGCCAUCGAUGCCAUGACUGCGCGCGAUGCCGACGAGAUCGUCCUGGAGACCGAGGUGUCGAAUACCGCGAGUUUGAAACUCUAUGAGCGGCUGGGGUUUAUACGGAGUAAGAGGCUGCAUCGGUAUUAUUUGAAUGGGAAUGCGGCGUUUAGGUUGAUAUUGUAUUUGAAGGAGGGGACCGCGUUGAAGAGACCCGAGCAUGGGAUGCAUGGGGAGGGGGCUGGGGGGAUGGAGAUGAGGAGGGUGGAUGAGGCGGAGCUGUAUUCUUGA